AUGGACCAAUACGACCUCGUGCGGCGCUACCUCGACCGCCUGCUCACCACGGUGGUGAACGAGGCGCUGCUGCGCUUGAUUGGCAAUCCCACGCUGCAAGUGUCUCACGCCAUGCAGCACACGGGCCACAUGGACCAGUACGACCUCGUCCGCCACUACCUGGAUCGGCUGCUCAUCACGGUGGUGAAUGAGGCACUGCUGCGGCUCAUUGGGAACCCCACGCUGCAAGUGUCCCACGCCAUGCAGGUAGCGGCGAACAUGACAGUGAUGGAGCGAGCAUGUGCAUUCUUCGCAGAGCACGCAGCCAAGUCAUGCGGCAUUCCAUCUCGCCUCGUGGACGGCGCACACGGCACGCUGGCCGCUCGAAACACCCUCAGGCAGUCACAGGCGGGGGCGUAUGAUGCCAUGCUGCGCAUCAUGAAUGAGAAGAUCGACGACAUGAUGGCUCCUGCAGAGCAGAUCUCCUGGAAUCCCAUGGAACCGCCUGGGUCGCAGGCAGGGGCGUAUGAUGCCAUGCUGCGCAUUAUGAAUGAGAAGAUCGAUGACAUGAUGGCGCCUGCAGAGCAGAUCCCCUGGAAUCCCAUGGAACCACCUUUGCUGGUGAACGAGUACCUAACGGACCUCUGCAUAUACCUGGAGACCAUGAUGGAGACGGCCAGGCAGCUGCUUCCCCUCGAUGCCUUCCAGCGGGUCAGCGGAGGCAUGAUGCGCCACAUCAGCAACGUCCUCGUCAGCCUGCUGUGUGGCUCCGCCGUGCCGCGGUUCAACCUGUACGCCAUCCAGGGCGUGGACAACGACCUGCGUGUAAUCGAGGGUUUCGCCGACCAGGAGGACGAGAAGAGCGGCGUCAUGAAGGACAAUGGCGAGGCUGUGCCGCUCAAGUCGCACCUUGCUGAGUCACGGCAGCUCAUCAACCUCAUUCUCAGCAACAACCCCGAGCAUUACGCGACGAAGUCGCACCGGGAGAAGAAUUACGGGGCGCUGGCGCCGACUAAAGUGCUCAUCGUCUGCGAUAAGUAUCGGGAUGUCGGGGAGGCUGCUGUUGGUUUGUUUGGCACCCGCAAUUCAAAGCAGGUGAACAAGAAAAAGGGCCUAGAUGCCUUGGCUCGCAGGCUAAGGGAGGAUAUUGCCAAUUCAGCUUGA